UAAGCCUGUCUGCUGCACUCUCCCUGUCUCCCCAGCCUGACGGACAGUGAAAUUCACAUUGGAUCUGCUCCUGCUAAACCAGAUGUCAUGUGAAAAGCCACAUGCUUGGUGCUCUCGUCCCCCCAGCUUUGACAGAAGUGAAACGGCCUAGGACAAAUAAAGGCGCACCAUAGCUGUUGUGGUAGGCACCACCAGUCUACGUGACCCUGUUGCUGUGGCCCACAAAUCGGGAGUCCGGUGCCCAAAGGUGGAGGCGGGGAGGAAUGUUCCUCCCACAGCCCCACUGUGUCUCUUUCUACUGCUGCUGUUGUUGCUAGAGCCCUCGCUGAGGAUUUGCUUCGAUGUUGCUUUUUGUAGCUUAAUGAUCAGCACAUCAAGAAACAGGUCGCCACCAUGCGAGCACAAAUUGAAGUGAUACCAUGCAAAAUAUGUGGAGAUAAGUCCUCAGGAAUCCAUUAUGGAGUCAUCACAUGUGAAGGCUGCAAGGGUUUCUUUAGGAGGAGUCAGCAAAAUAAUGCUGCAUAUUCCUGCCCACGACAACGCAACUGUCUCAUAGACAGAACUAAUCGAAACCGUUGCCAGCAUUGUCGACUACAGAAGUGUCUAGCUCUUGGAAUGUCUCGGGACGCUGUGAAGUUUGGAAGGAUGUCCAAAAAACAGAGGGAUAGCCUAUAUGCAGAGGUCCAGAAGCACCAGCAGCGACUGCAAGAGCAACGGCAACAGCAAAGUGGCGAAGCAGAAGCCCUGGCCCGAGUGUACUCUACCAGCAUUAGCAAUGGCCUAACUAAUCUGAACAAUGAAAUUGGUGGCACUUAUUCUAAUGGACAUGUGAUUGAUCUGCCUAAGUCGGAAGUCGUCAAUAGCAGUUAUUAUAAUGUGGAUUCUGCCCAACCCUCCCCAGAUCAGUCUGGGAUAGACAUGACUGGUAUCAAACAUAUAAAACAAGAGCCUAUUUAUGAUCUGACUCCUGUACCUAACCUGUUUACCUACAGUUCGUUUACAAAUGGCCAGCUCGCUCCUGGGGUGACAAUGACCGACAUAGAUCGAAUUGCACAGAAUAUCAUCAAGUCCCAUCUGGAGACAUGUCAGUAUACGAUAGAGGAACUGCACCAGCUGGCCUGGCAGACCCACACGUAUGAAGAAAUCAAAUUAUAUCAGAACAAGACAAAAGAAGCACUGUGGCAACAGUGUGCUAUCCAGAUUACAGAUGCCAUCCAGUACGUGGUAGAAUUUGCCAAGAGGAUCACCGGGUUCAUGGAGUUAUGCCAGAAUGACCAGAUCCUUCUUCUCAAGUCAGGUUGCCUGGAGGUGGUGUUGGUGAGAAUGUGCCGUGCCUUCAAUCCACUCAACAACACUGUUCUGUUUCAAGGGAAAUAUGGAGGAAUGCAAAUGUUUAAAACACUAGGUUCUGAGGAUCUGGUGAGUGCUGCUUUUGACUUUGCAAAGAGCUUAUGUUCCCUACAACUGACAGAAGAGGAGAUAGCAUUAUAUUCAGCUGCUGUUCUUCUAUCUCCAGAUCGUCCUUGGCUGAUGGAACCAAGAAAAGUCCAAAAACUCCAGGAGAAGAUUUACUUUGCACUGCAGCAUAUAAUUCAGAAGAAUCACCUGGAUGAGGAUACAUUAGCAAAACUCAUCUCCAGGAUACCAACAAUUUCUGCACUUUGUAACCUGCAUGCUGAGAAACUGCAGGCUUUUAAACAGUCUCAUCCAGACAUUGUGAAUACAUUAUUCCCACCUUUAUACAAGGAACUUUUUAAUCCAGACUGUACCAUUGCAGCCAAGUAGGAUGGUCCGUGUGUGUGUGUGUGUGUGUGUGUGUGUGUGUGUGUGUGUGUGUGUGUGUGUGUGUGAGAGAGAGUUAGUGACGUGCCUGGUGGGUACAUGUGUGGCACAGAGUGAAUUUGUGUUUAUACACUACGUCAUCAAGCUAUCAUUUUUACACACUUAUGGAAUGAAGCACACUGCAGAUAAAGAAAAGCAUUAGUGAAGAUUCCAGAAAUUCUCACUACUCCAACACUAAGAAUGUUCAGCACUUCAGUGGAAUUCUUUUUCACCGCUACAGUUUAAAGAAUGUGAAUACAUACCUCUCUAAGAGGACAUUUUGGAACUGGACCUAAUAUGUACAAAUAUAGGAUAUUGUUUGACUUUUUUCCUUGUUGGUGUACAUUUGGGAGACAGUUGUUAAUAGACCUGUACUGUAGAUAAAAUAGGUAAGUAUUAUAUAGUAUUAUUAUUCCUCUUGUUUACUGUUCAGAUGUAAUUUAAGAGAAUUCUAAAUACUAGACCUAAAUGUUUCUAUGUUUCUAGUUAGUUUAAUGUGUCUAAAAUUUGUAAAGUUUCACAGAAAUUUGUAAAGAUGUUUCCUAUAUAUAUAUAUAUAUAUUUUUGGGGACUGGUGAGGGGGGUGGGAAAUGUGACUAAAAGGACAAAAAGCCUUGUCUGGAGGGUUCAGUUUAUAGAAGGAUAAUUAAACAGAAGGGUGAAUCUAUGUGAAAUGAUAUUUAAAGCUGAAGUAAUAAGAAUUCUUGUCUUAUAAAAUAGUCUAAGAGAAAUAUUGUUAGUUUUCCAUAUAAACUCUAUUUUCCUAAAGGAAAACUGCACAGAUAAGGAUAUUUGGUUUGUUUUGUUGUUGCAUUGACAACCAUGACCCUGCUGUAUUAACACAAACAGAAUCAUUCCUGUAGCUUUAAACAAAAACGUCAGACAUAAACUGCUGCCUCUAAUUGUAAUAAAAGUGUGUCAGGUGAUUCGGGCAUAAGGGUUUCCCUCACCUUCUUCCCAGCCCUGUCAAAUGUAUAGCUUUAUAGCAUUAGACAAGAGACCUUGUUACCUCAACCUCUGGAACUUCUUCUAAGGUUCUCAAGCCUGCCAAGCUUUCAUAUCCUAACAUAAAGCAAUAAAGUGCCCGUUUAUGACCCACACACCUUUUCAGUAGCAGUGCAUACCAGGAAACUGCAAUGCCUUGAGUGGAAUGUGAAUGUAUUUUGGAGAUACUUAAAUUCAUGUUAAGGGAUUAAAGCUGAAGGAGAUAUGCAGAAAGAAUUCCAUAUGAAACAUUUUGAUGGUCACUGAUCUACCAGUCAUGGUAGCUUUGUCAACAUUCAGUUUUUCCUACUACAGAUGCAAUGCAUCAAAACUGCCAGCAUUCUAAUUAGCAAAAUGAUGACCCCUAACGGUCUCAUAACUUACCAGUGGUAUGAUUAUUAUUAUUAUUAUUAUUAUUAUUAAUUUGCUGUUUUAGAAGAAAACAUUAGCUGUUAUUUAUUUUAUAAAGGACUGCAAAUGGAAAGGGAAAAACUUCAAUAAACUUUGAUCCCAUGGGACCAAGCAGAUACACUGAUUCAUUAAGGGACAAACCUUGCAAGGACCUGGCCAUGAUAGCUCUGAGUUCAGCAGCAGCAGCUGACACAUCAGUCUACACACUGACUUGGGGUUACUGAGUUUGCUUUCACUGUAGUGUGUUAAGAACUCUAAUAAGGAAAAUAAAUCAUUCACUCACAUUCAGUGGCAUUGGUAGUUUCUUUUGUAAACAUAUGUGUUUUUAGUUUUUUUGGAAAAUUAGAAAGAGGUACUAUAUACAUAAUUCAUUACAUAUUAUAUCAGCUGUACUUAGAAAUAUAAAAACUCAGAAAAACAAAUAUAUAUGUAGGGUUUUUGCAGACACAUGGGGGUAUAUACCAACCCCAAGACUGCACAAAAGAGGGGAAAGGGCAAAUUCCCUGAUCCCCACUGUACCAAGAUCUUGCACAAAAAAAAAAUGCUGGCAGAAACAAUCAAAGAGUUUCAUUACUUCUACAGGCUGUAAAAUGUUUGAUAUUAGCAGCAUUCAAUUGUAUGGAGAGUUUCCAUUAUAUCUGCUGUUGGACUGUACCUUUCAUUUUCACGAUUUGUUACCCAUACAGAUACAAGUUACCCCAGCUUCCCUACAAGGGCAACUGUUCUUGUUGCUUAACCUGUGUAUAAGGUAAUGUAUUAUUUGCCCAGUGUUGGACACACGGUACCCUAGAUGAAGGAUUACAACUUUAGCUGAGGGAUUAAGUGGUAGAAUCAGAUGGUCUCUAGUGGGCAGCAAAACAUUUGCACUAUUAAUUAACCUAGUAAGGUGUUCUAGUGGAAGUUUGAGACUCUGUAGUGCAAGUCCAAAAACUACAAAAAAUGAACUGCAAUUUCAAAGAAACAACAAACUGUGGUACUCACUGGCACAAAUUAAAAACAUUUUUUGCUGGCUGACCCCUAUACCCCUCCAAUGUGGGGGCUACAUCCCCAUACCCAUGCUACUUAUAAAUAUUAACUCCAACAUCACUUCUAAUAUCACUUUAGCUUAACGAAAAGGGAAUUCUCCAAGAUGCAACAUUUUCAGACUUAGUAUGUUUUUCCCUAUUGCAUUUAAAUUCUCACAGUUCAAGAAUCAUACUUCCAGUUGUUAGACAUAAAAUAGGAACCCAAAAUAUGAGUUAACAGAGAAAGGAAAACAGAUCUAGGUAGUCAAAAAAUUUAUAUUGUUCUUAGUUUUUUUGUUUUGUUUUGUUUUGUUUUUUUUUAAAGGUUGCCCAUUUUUCUCAGUAGUGAUUCAUUUACUUUGACUACUGUAGCUAGCUGUCAUCUGGCAAGUCCUUAAAGCAAGUGCACAGCCAUAAGGAUUCAGCUGCGUACUGUACUCUAGAUAUGGGCUGCCAGUGUUAGAUUAACUGCAAGCUGGUCCAUUAAGCAAAAUACAUUUGGUAUCCCAGCAGACAGGUGUAAGCAGUUUGUCAAACCAGUGGAGAUUUGUAAUCCAUCUGGUGCAACCAUCACUCCCACUAACUCACUGCAUAAAGAUUUAAUUCAGAGACUCGGACUUUUGUGUAACAGAAAUUAAUUUCCUGCUUGUAAGGAAAACAGGGUAUAGAUGGCAUCCAAUUAAAAAUAAGAAGUUUCCAAAUGCAAUAUGUAUUUUAUAUAGUCAUUUUGUGAUAGACAAUCAUUUACUGAGUGCUUGAUGUUUUUUUUUUUUUUCUGUCUCCGAGCUUUGCAGCACCUUCAGAAGUUUUAUUUUUGCAUAAAUAAAUGUUGUAUGACUAUCAACAGCAGAUCGUGUAUCCCAAAUGUUAAGCCUCAAAGAUGGAACUCUGAGAAACUCAUUGGUUCUCCCAGAAUGUGUUGCCCAAACAUUGCAUCCUUACCUGUCGCAUGUCAGACCAUACCAGUUUGUAAAGUAACUUAAUAUUUGGACUUCGCUGUCCACUGAAGUGAUUAGCUCAUUUAUAGUUUCUAUUAAAGCAAAGCACUCUGACUAAUCUGACAGCAGCUAACAUCAAAUUACAUAAACUGCUCUGCUUUUUUUCUCUUUAUGAAUAAAACAAGCUGAAAGCCAAGAUAGUGCUGUAAAUACAGAAAACAAGGUAUAAAGCUGUAGUAGUGCAGAUUUGGGUGAAAUGUGUUACUGUAGAUAUGCUCAUUAAGUUAAAUUUAAAAACUGGAAUGGUCUGUAAGUAGUGUUACAAUGCCAUAGUGUCUUGUUAUCCCAAACAGCUAGAAAACAAAAGAAAAUGGCAUUGUUACUACUGUCUGUAUGUUAUACAUUGUGUUGACUUCUCUUCUGGAUCCAGCUGGGAGUCAUUGUCCUUGUCAUAAUAAGCAAUCCAUCUGUUGUGUCUGAUGUUUUUGUAGCGAAGGAACCCAACAUUUAUCUGGGCUUUUGCACAUGCCCUGUACAAUGGUCACAUAAAUUGCCGCACCUGUUUAUAAAAUUGUAGUUGUGUUGCUUUGCUUUGAAUGUGUGCAGUAGUGUAUUCCAUCUUCUUGUGAAUGUUUCACACAUUGUCCAAGACAAUCACUGCUUGAUGCAGACAUUGCACUGUACUGUAUGUCACUCAGGGACAAUUAUUUCAAAAAAAUGAGGAAAGGAAGGUUAAAGAUUAAAAAAAAAGCACAGCUCUGUUUGCCUGCAUGAGAAAUACUGUACCCAGACAAGGCUUUAUGGGCCUGCAGAGAAUAUGACUGGAAGCUGAAUUCAUUGUCACUAUUUACUAACCUGUGUUCAUUUACACAAUUCCGAGUCAGUAUUUUAACACCAGCCAAACCUAAAAUUGUACCAGGCAGAAACAAAUUAAUUGGAUUAAUUUCUCAAAAUGCAACAUACGAUAUUGAGUAGGUCCAGAAUACAGAGUCUGGUUUAAGAGGGUCCUGAAUUACUAUUACUUGAGUCAGAGUAUAUGAACUUUGCAUGCAGUACAGGAAACAAAGAGCUUUUACUUUAAUACCAGAAAAUAACCCAUGCACACUUGUUUUGUUCACCUCUAUCACAAGGUAUGGUUUCUACUGAAUUCUAAACAGGCUGUCUUUAGUAUGACACACUCUGUCAUUUGCAAAUCAUAUUGUACAGAUUAUGCUGUGCAUAUAAAGCAGCCGGAAACAGUACAGUCAUACAAAAGAAUAAACUGCUAGCUACACUAUUAAAAUUCAUAAAUCUCUGCUGUAUACCUUGUUAAGUAACUGGUUAAUUUAUAUUUCCAUGCCAAUAUCUACAUUUUGUUGAUGUAAACUUGAUUGCAGGCUGUAGCAAUAUGCACUAUGGGUAUGUUUGCACUUCACAUGCGCACUUCAUACAGAAAAGCCAUUUCUUAUGCCUUGCACCGUUUGUGACACUUGAUACAAUGUAUCAUUUAUAGACAUAGUAAAACUAAUAUUUAAUACAAAGUAAAGUGGAACCAAACCAUCAUGAUUAUAGAACCACAAGCACCAGUAUCAUUAUGACAGAUCAAAAAUGAAAUUCAAUAGCAGACAUGCAUUUGUUAAACCCAGUUCAAUCAGAUUUAUAUGGCAGUGCAGUUUUGUACAUCAAGGAGAAUUAUUUGAACAGAUCAUUCCAGAAACUAUAGCUGUAACUUUGUGACAAGUCAUUUUUUUUUAAGUAGGAAGGCAGUGAAAUUCUAGAACUGCAUCAACUGCAAGACCGUAUAUUCAUCAACUAACAUAAAGUAAGCAGAGAACUGUUAUUUAAAUUAUAUUAGUUUUAUAUAUCCUAACCAUAAAAAGCAAAACAAAGUAUGAUUUUAGAUUGCAGUAUUAAUACAAUGUCUAGCAAAAGAUAUACCCCCAACACACACACACACACACACACACACACACACACACACACACACACACACUAGAGAUGGACAUAGUACCUUAAAUACUUCACUAUAUAUAUAUUCCUUGUAAGUGAUAAUGAUGUAAAAUGUAUUAAUUCUGUCAUUCAUUCUCUAAUUACUGCAAAAUCCACUUAAGGAUCACAGAGGAGGGGGAUUCUAUUUGAGUACUCACCAGGUACAAGGCAGGGGAAUGAAUCUUGACAAGGAUGCCAGCCCAUCACAGAAUACAUAUCACACGUGCACACACACACACACACACACACACACACACACACACACACACACACACACACACACACACACACUCAUUCGCUCACUCUCAUGUAACACAUAACUCAAUAACUCACACCUAUGGGCAAUUUGAUCUAGUUCAGUUCUGCCACAUCUGUGGGAUUUGGUAGGAAAUGGAGUAUCUGGAAAAAACAUGUCAAACUGGGAAGACAUGGAGACUUCAUGAAGAAGGCGCAGAAAAUAAGUGAACUUGAAAACCAAAGUCUGUAAAGCAGUAAGACUACCUGUGUCUCUACUAUGUUAUAUGAUUAUUGCACAUGCUGUAAUCACUGUACUGAUGUGCUAUUGACACAUAAGCAACAUAAGACAUUAUUAGUUGGCCUUAUCAGGGACAAAACAACAUUAAAAUAACACACUAGAUAUCACAUCUUAAAAGUAUACUUCUGUUACUAUGUGGUGUAUUUUCCCAGUGCAAGCAAACCAUACCCCAUGUGUGAAAAAAGCCCAUAAGUAGAUUUGCAGAUAAAAUGAGCAGACUGAAAGAAGAGGAUAACUUGGAGCUACAUUCAGUUUGUUGCAUAGCCAUAGCAUACCCUUCCUCACAGUGAUGUCUGAUUAAAUAUUUGUAAGGUAAUUGGCCAUAUGGAACUGAAUAACAAGUUCCUUAUAGUGUCUGAAAAAUGCAUGCCUGUAGGGAUUUCAGCUUUCCAGCAUCACAAAUACACUAUAGUGACGUAGACUAUAAUUAACUUCAAAUUUGCAUAUUCUGCUGACAACAGCCUGCCACAAACCUGACAAGUGGCUUUAUACUAAUUAUAUCAUUCCUGUUUACUGGCAGCACAGCUCUCACAGAACACAAACCAAACUAUAAGUAAAUAAGUUCACUGCAAGUCCGCAUGUCAUUGAUUCAUGUCUAUCAAAUAAAUGCAGUGCAAACCAAACUGGCAUUAUAAUCCUGACAGAUGUUAUAAAUAUACACAUUGUAACAGAUAUCAAACAUAAGUUUUACCAGAUCCUUUAUCAGUGUCCAGUG